UGAAGAAGAACGCGGAGAGAGAGAGAGAGAGAGAGAGAGACCCCAAACUUCUUCUAAGAUCGCGACGACGUCGUCCCAGAUCCACGCUCCAUAAUGUCUUCAACAUUCAGUGGCGAUGAAACGGCGCCGUUCUUCGGCUUCCUCGGCGCUGCUGCUGCCCUCGUUUUCUCAUGUAUGGGAGCUGCCUAUGGCACAGCAAAGAGUGGUGUUGGUGUGGCAUCCAUGGGGGUGAUGAGGCCUGAGCUGGUGAUGAAAUCCAUUGUUCCGGUCGUUAUGGCUGGAGUUUUGGGUAUUUAUGGCCUUAUUAUUGCUGUUAUCAUCAGUACUGGGAUUAACCCAAAGGCCAAGUCAUACUACCUCUUUGAUGGUUAUGCACAUCUCUCUUCUGGUCUUGCUUGCGGUCUCGCUGGACUCUCUGCUGGAAUGGCAAUUGGUAUUGUUGGCGACGCUGGUGUAAGAGCUAAUGCACAGCAGCCGAAACUCUUUGUUGGGAUGAUCCUCAUUCUCAUAUUUGCUGAAGCACUGGCCCUCUACGGCCUCAUUGUUGGCAUCAUCUUGUCUUCUCGAUCAGGGCAAUCCAGAGCGGACUAAGAAGUGACCGUGCAUCAUUUAUUGCUUAUUAAUGGCACUUCAAGGGGAAAACUUUUGGCUGCUUUCAGGUUGGUGGUUGGAUGCUGCUCGCUGGUUCCGAAAGAUUAUGUUCGUGCAAGUAACGGGCCUUGCCUUGUAGUAGUAAGAUUGAGGUUUUCAUUCAACAGAAUAAAAGCGUUUGAAGCUGUUAAGGUUUUUUCAUCUGUUGGUGAAUUUUUCUGCGAGAACCAUAUGACCUCGUAUAGAUCCAUAAUUCUAAAACUAGUGCAUGUUAAUGGAUAGAAUUCACUUUUAUCAAAUUCACAUUAUUGUAGCAAUAUUAUUAUAGGAAUCAAACUUAAGGUACUUAAUUCCUUGUAUUUGUAAUGCGGCAGCAAAUCUAGUGGCCUCUUUAGCCUUAUGGGAGGGGGGCACUUAUGAAUGAAACUAUUUUAAGCUA